UGCUGCACCCGCCGUCUAGGCAGCGAGCCUGUAGACGCGAUGAGACCAUUUCAGCCCCCUUGCGAUAAGAAUGUAUGCGGUCGUAUGAAUGCAGUAUGGAGUGCAAUAUACCCAACAGUAUCAGCCCGUGAACACGUUGAAGAUAGAAAGAAAAAAACUGCGUUGGGCUUCUUCCGAAUUUCUGCCCGCUCAGUGCUCUAAUGAGGAAGAAGAAAAUAGCGGGGAGGUCGACGAGGAACACAGCGCAUCUAAAAACUCUAACGAUCCACAACGUAGUAUAUCGAACGACUUGAAAACUGAUCAGAGGGUAAAGUCUAAGAAACGUGGAAAAACUUCGAAUGUGCCUGCCACGGCUAUGGUGGCAAGAAGUAUUGUUCCCGUAAUUUCGCCGAAAAAAGACGCCGUACCAAAUAUAUCCGAAUCGAAAAAUGCUACCAAAGUAAUUGGAGAGACUACUUCGCAGUCAAAGGAGGUUGUCCCAUCUACGCCAACUAAAUCAAUGACGCGUAAAACUCCGCUGCUAAAAACCGGAACUUUAUCGAAGAAAACUGAGAAGACAAAAAAACGACCAGCGAAACUCUGUGUUAUCACGGCAACUGUCGUAGUAUUACUUGUAACAAUAGGCGCAGGAGUUUCUCUCUAUUGUAUUCGAGAGCUCUACCUACCACAUUCACCUGUUCCUCAAGCUACUGGGAGCUCGGCUGCUCCUAUUGUGACUAGAGCGGCUCAUUCGACCCAUUCGAUUUUGAAUACAAUGUUGUCUAGUCCGGCGCUUCUGGAACAGCCGAUCCGAUCAAGCGAUCGUGUACCGCGCAGUCUAGCAGACGAUGUUUCUGCUGCAAACCCAGCAAAACUCUUCAGUACAGAUCGACAUACAGCGCCAACAGUCAUGACAAUGCCCGAUGUUAAGGCGAAUAUCGUCAGAAACUCAGACGUUAGAUCUGCUGUUUCGACAGUUGAGGACACAGGAGCUAUGUUCAACGAUCAGCCGUCUUCAGGCGUGCAGUCCGAUGCAGGUUCGAGUAAUCUGAUUUUGUCUAAUACCUUGGGAGCCGCACCAAGUGGCUCUGCGGUCAAUCGUAUCCUGCAAGCAGUUGCAAGUAAAAUCAAAUAAUGGCAUGCAAUGA